CUUCGGUUUUUAUUUUCGCUGUAACUGCCUCCAAAUGGUUCUUCUCUCUUCCACGAAGCCAACCAACCUCCCUCCAUUCUUCCUCUCUUUCUCUUCAAUCUCUUCCUCCCAUUUCUGCAAUUCCUCUCUUUCAUUUUCAACUAUUCCUUCCUUCUCCUCCUUCGCAAUCCGCUCUCACCUUCUACUUCACCCACUUUCUUCUUCUCAUUCUAUCGGAGUUAGCUCCGCCCUCUGCCGCUCCUCCCGUCCUGGCCGUCCACCGCCCCGCCGGGUCGAUCCUCCUCCAGGAAAUGAUUCCAGACACCUUAUAGGUUUUGCUGGGGCUUUAGUGAGAUUGCAAGAUAGAGUACGGAUAUUCUUUGCUGUGCUUUUCUGGAUGUCUCUGUUCUUUUGGGCUUCUGCAUGGGAUGGGAGGAAUAGACCAAACAAGGGAUCAAGAUUUAAAAAGAUGAAGUAGUGAGCAUAUAAGACUGUACGCGCCUAAGUAUAUAACAACUCAUCGCUUACGGCAUAGAUCUAAUAUACAGUAGUAUAUCAAUCAACACGGGAAAGAAUUCAAAUGAGAGGAAUGGAUGUUCUGAUGCUUAAUAAACUUUCCAGAUUCAUAUGUAUAUGUCCUGCGCGCUGCUUAAAUUACUCUCAGUCAAAUUAUUCAUGAGCAGUCAUUCUGGGUUUCUUUUCUUCCUCAGUGCUGUAUUUCAUGAGAUUGCCGGGAAUCUAAAUCCAUGCUUCACCCACAUUUCUUUUGAUGCAGUCAGUCAUUUCUCCAAAUGAUGCGUUUUAUUUUUCUUUUUUACAUUUCUUUUUCUUCACAGAGAUUAAAGAUUUUAACUAGAUAUUGGCAUAUUCGAUGUCAGUGGUGUGACUUUAAAGGUGUAAUUUUUGGGUUUUGAUUUCUGGUACAAGAAGCUGAAAAGAUUAAUAUAUAUAUAUAUAUAUAUGAUCUUUUUCAGUUAUAUACAAUAUUUAAUAAUGGAAUGCUUAGGUUCUA